GCAGCCAGAGCGUUCAGUGGGGGACUAGAAGACUUCACAGGGGGAUCAACAAGGAACUGAGCUAGAACAAAGCGUGUUCUGUCCAGUUUAGCCCUGCGAUGCCUUAACAAAUUCAAAGGGGGCUCCUCCGCUGUAUGCGGUCUGCGGACGCUCUGGCAUAUUCCUGCGUUACGUAGAUUAAUUCAAUCCAUGUCUGAAUACAGCUCCCUCACACAGCGCUGCUGCUCUGUGCCAACACAGAUUGAAAUUUUCCAACCUACUUGUUUGCCAGACAGACCAAAGGCUCCUGAGGCAGUGUUUACCCUUGCGUUCCCCGUCUGCAGCCACACUCUGGAUUUCGGGCCAGAUUUGGAAGAGCACAGGUCUGAGCAGGUCUGCUAUCCCCUCCCUUUACCGGAGCUUGUCUUCUGGCUGGAAGUGUUCUCCUAAUCUGCAAAAAUUCUGUGCUGCAAGAAAUCCGCCGUCAUGACUGACGAAGGAGGGGGGCCUGCCGGGGGCAGCUUCUUUGAGGCUGGAAACUACCGCCGCACUGUAAAGCGGAUUGAGGAUGGAAACAGACUGUGUAAUGACUUAGUCACCUGUUUCAGAGAGAGGGCUAAAAUUGAGAAGAGCUAUGCCCAGCAGCUGACAGACUGGAGUCGCAAAUGGAAGAGCAGUUUGGAGAAGGGUCCUCAGUAUGGUACCCUGGAAAAGGCUUGGCAGGCUUUUCUCACCGCUGCAGAUGCCCUCAGCGAGAUUCACACUGAGCUGCGGAAUCAGCUGUGGGAUGAGGAUAGCGGGAAGGUGCGGGAUUGGCAAAAGGAAGCCUAUCACAAGCAGAUGAUUGGAGGCUUUAAAGAGACCAAGGAGGCGGAAGAGGGAUUCAGUAAGGCCCAGAAGCCCUGGAUAAAGAAGCUCAAAGAUGUGGAAACAGCAAAAAAACGUUACCAUGCAACUCGGAAGGAUGAACGGUCAGCCCAAGUACGAGAGGAUCAUUCAAAGGCUGACGCCUCUGUGUCACAAGAGCAACUCCGCAAGCUACAAGAACGUGUAGAGAAAUGCAGCCAGGAUGCCGAGAAGGAAAAAGGUGCAUAUGAGAAGGCUCUUGAUGAACUGAACAGAUACAACCCUCGCUACAUGGAGGACAUGGAACAGCAGUUCGAGAGCUGCCAGGAGGCAGAGCAGAAGCGCCUGCGCUUCUUUAAGGAAAUGUUGCUGGACAUUCAUAAGCACCUUGAUCUCUCUAGCAAAGACAGCUUCCAUGCUUUGUAUAAAGACCUAUAUCAGGGUAUCCAGGCAGCUGAUGAUCAACAAGAUCUAAAAUGGUGGAGAAAUACCCAUGGGCCCGGAAUGGCCAUGAAUUGGCCUCAGUUUGAGGAGUGGUCUCCAGAGACCCAGAGGCCCAUCAACAAGAAGGAGCGCAGUAGUAAAAAUGUAGAGGAGGUGACCCUCACUGGUAUUGUGCCAGCCAAGGAUGGCGUUUCAGUAGGGACCCCCACCCAACAGCUCAAUCGCGGCACUGCGAAGGAUGAUGGCUCAGAGUGGUCAGAAGACGAAAGUCCUAAAAAGUCACUGGACAGUAAUGGUCGGGAGGUAUCACAGGUAGAGGGCGUGCGUGUGCGAGCACUUUAUGAUUACAUUGGACAAGAGGCUGACGAGCUGAGCUUUUCAGCAGGAGAAGAGCUCGUAAAAAUGGGUUCUGAAGAUGAACAGGGCUGGUGUAGGGGGCGUCUCCUGUCUGGGAAAACUGGACUUUAUCCGGCAAACUACGUGGAAGAUGUGUCCUGAGUGUCAACCAUGCCUUGAGCGUCCUCAGAGCGGUGUGCGUGUGUGUCCUGGAUCCUUACAAGGAUAGGGGGCAAACCUAUGAACAUUGGAUACUUCUAGUGAAUCCAUUGCUGCUUUUACCAUAUUAUUUUAGACAUGCAGUUAUAUAUAUAUAUUUUUUUCUUAAUAAAAAUUACCCAGAAAAUAUUACGCCUGGCUGCGCUCCUGCAGCAUUGUGAACCAUGGAUGUGCAUCAUAAAGUUUUUGUUGUGAAGAGUGCAGGUGAGAGAGCUUGAAUCACCCAAAUGUAUAUAAGAAAAGUAAAAAAAAACACUAUCUUGCUUCCUCCAAAAAAAAAAACUAAAAAAAUCUUGUGGUUGUCUGUCUGCUAGGUUAAAGGGUCAGAGUUUAUUGUAUCAAUUGGCAGGUUAUGUCUUGGUAUGGCAACUGGACCUGUUUGACAGCCUUAAGUGAUUUAUUUUUUCUACCCACAUUUGCACAGAAGAAAUACCCUUUACCCUCUUAUGAUGGAUAAAGGUGUUUUUUCAAAAAAUAUAUAUUAACACCUUGAUGUCCAAGAGUUUGCAUUGUCUAGCAGUGUGUAUCCAGAUCCCUGCUAGGUAGGUACCCAGGUGAUUUAUGUAGUUCCCUAAUAACAGGAUAUGUUUUUAGGAUUUUCUGCUGGACACAUUUUGGGGUGUUUGAUACUUUGUAAUUUUCAGGUUUGAGGGUUCAGUCAUAUCAACAUGAUGGUAAAGGUGGAGAUCACUCCCUAUAUUUUUGUCCCUAGUUUAGCCUGUGCUAGAAUAUUUCAACUUUUGAAGUCUCUUCAGAUUUCAUGAAACUGACUGGUUCCACAUGAGACUUGUAAAGCGCUUCGGACGGAUAAGAGAUUUCAAAAAUUUUGUGCCAUCUCAUCAUGCAAGUGACCUUAUUGUGAACAAUAUAUUUUCUAUUUAAAUGAUAAUAAAAAUCCACGUUGUU